AUGGUACUUAUGGUACUAUUUAUUUGUUGGUCUGGUACUAUUUAUUUGUUGGUCUACGUGGAUGACAUCAUAGUUACUGGAUCCAACACCACAGGUAUCACUUCCAUUCUCACUCGUCUACAACAUGAAUUUGCGAUUAAAGAUCUUGGUUCCUUGUCUUAUUUUCUUGGCAUUAAGGAGACUCGUACUUCUUCGGGUUUAUUUCUUUCUCAACAACGUUAUGCUCAUGAUCUUCUUAUUCGAGCAAAAAUGGAUGGAGUCAAACCAAUUCAAACUCCACUUAGUACUUCUGGUGAUAUUUCUUUUGAUCGUAGCACUUUAUUAUCUGAUGCUACUGAAUACCGUAGUAUUGUUGGAGCUUUGCAAUAUUUGACAUUUACUCGUCCGGAUCUUGCAUAUGUUGUCAAUAAAGUAUGUCAGUUUAUGCAUGCUCCUACCAAGUUUCAUUGGAGUUUAGUUAAGCGAAUACUUCGUUAUCUCAAGCAUACAACUAAUUUUGGUAUACUUCUUCGGCCAUCGCCUUCUCUACAAUUAUCCUUCGGUGCAUAUACUGAUUCUGAUUGGGCUGGUUCUCUUGAUGAUCGUUGUUCUACUUUUGGUAACACCCAUUACGCUUGCGGGAGGGUGUUAAUACAGCAUCUAGUACGUGUACAUUGUGACCCAACAUUGUACACGGUAAUCUCUUGGCUACCAAGUUUGUUCUCCUGUAUAUUUAGAAAUCAAAACCAAUUGGGAAAAACUUUACCUUGA